GUGGCUUUCACUACGUUUCUAAAAAACGUUGCGUUUUUGCACGCGCCCAUGCAGCACAAUAUGCUUAAUUAAGUAACUGCACUGCAAAUUAGCUAAUAAAUUCGUAAUCACUGUUUUUGAACGUUGGUAAAAGACAACUCUGCGUUCGUUUAGCAGGCCAUUAAUUGACAUUUGUGAUUGAUACACAAGAAUGUUCAUUGUGACGUCACUAAGCAGGCGUCUGCGUGAAAACGAAAUUCUUCUGCUAGCGACAUUGGUAUUUAAAAUCUGCAGCUUUUUCAGAACUAAAACUUUUACAGCUGACUUAACGUGAGAGCAUUUGCGCCUAGAGAGAUAUAAGUAUAUUGCUGUAAAAUCUAACGGCUUAUAACAGGCCUAACAACUGGAAAACUACGUCAACUAUCUACUGCAGACCUCGAUCAAUUCAGAUUGCUUGCGGCAAGUUUACGUUUUCUACUUCAAGGUUAACCACGAUUUUCGCUAUGAACUUGGACGAGGUUUUCGAACGCGUGCUCAAAACAGAACAAACCGCUGAAAGAAGACACGACCAACUAAUACAAGUCCAAAAAGAGAUCAAGGCUAAACAAGCGGAGAUAGUAAAUGUACAAAAAGCAACGGAGAGACUGCAGGAAACUAUACGCACACGAGACUUGGUUGCUCUGCACGAAUCGAAGUGGGAAUUAGAAUUGGCUUCUGCGCGACUGACAAGCCUAAUUAACCAGCAUGAGGUCGUAACUAAUAGAGUGCUGGACUUCGAAAAUCAACUGGCGGAAAAGACACUGAAUCGAGAAGAACAAAUCAACGGAUUCUUAAAGGAAGUUCAAAACUUUGCCGAAAACUGUGAUCUAGUCGACGGAAAAGCAAAACGAAAACAGACAUUGGCGAGUGAGCUCGAGCAACUAAAACACGAAGAAGAAGAAUUAUCAAAAGAGUUACAGGUAUUGGAUGGAAAAGAAAGUGACAGGCGCAUGAGGUACAACCAAGUCGAACGCUUGAAAAUAGAAGUAACAGAAUUACAAGCAAAGAUAAUCGAUCUGGACUCCGAGUUGGAAGAGAAAAAGGUAGAAAACGAAAAGAAAAAGGCAGAGCUGGCGUCGUCGGAUAAUGCUCAACUGCAGGACCCAGAAUACAUUAGAUUGCAAGAAGAAUUAGAGUCGCUAGACUGCGAUGCAGAGCAGAAGAAUAUCGCUUUGUUAAGAAUGGAAUCGGUGAAUUUGCAAAGGGGAAAAGGGCUAAUCAAUUUAUCAAAAGACCAUUCGAAUCCAGCUGAAAAAACUGCAUGCUCUUCCAACAACAAAAGCUAUACGUUUCGACUUAGAGAUGAUCGACGUUUCUAAAUACAGCUCUCCAGUCG